CUCACGUCAUUCGCUAGAUAUAAACAGUGACGACGAGUUGACAAGUUGACAACACACAACAUUGUGCUUGCUUGAAAAUAUUUUAAAAUGGAAAAUAGUUCUGAAGUUCAAGUUACAAUUAAAAAACCUGGAAGGGUUCUGCAUUUUAGCGAUGGUGUUGAAGAAGAAAUAGAAGAAGAGGAAGUUGCGGAGUUAGCUAGCGAACCACAAGAAACCGAUGUUGAUCCGAAAACUUUGCAAUGGGGUCCCUGGUUCUCCCAUUACGCAUGGAAGUCGGGUAAUAAAGUUCUGAAUGCAGUUGACUAUGCUGGUGAGUCACUGGCUAGUUUCUUUGGUAUUACCACACCAAAAUACCAAAUAGAAAUUGAUGAAUAUGAAAGAAUGAAAGAAGAGAAACGGAAAAUGGAUGAAGACUCUGCUGGUUGGGUGCCUAAGAACGGUGGUGGAGACAUACCUUUAGUUCUUAAUGAACCUGUCAAGGACAAAGCAGAGGUUUAAAAAAUCAUAGACUAAUCAUCUAC